AUGGACUUCCAUCUAAUCCCACGCGGUGAGGACCGGAACUAUACCGGCUUCCUCACCAAGACAAUCGUCUAUACUGCAUCUCUCAUUGUCUUCCUAGCCGCAUUUGGCCUCUCAAUAGCAUCCAUAAUCGUCCCCAACUGGGUCAGCUACCACAGUGAAAAGCCAACAUACCACUACUCCUAUGGCCUCCACCGGCGCUGUUCCUCCCUCACCGAUACAUGCGAGAGCUUCCCGAAGCGCUCAGACUGCGUCGCAGAAGACCGGCACUUCUGCUCUAUGUGGCGCACCGUCGGCUUCAUGAUGUCGUUUGCGGUCGUGCUGGAAGGGAUGAGCGUCGUUGCCUACUUGAUUAUCCUUGGUGGAAACAAGGCGCUGCGCGAGUCUGGGUGGAAGAUAUUGAGUAUUCUGAUUAUUUCGGCCGCUGUUGUUCAAGCGGCCAGUAUGUCAGUUGUGGCAUACCUGGUCGACAACGAAGCGCGUUUCUUCGUUGGCUGGCGCCUCGACGAAUCGUGGAUCUAUUGCACCGUUAGCUGGUGCGUAAGUGUUGUCUCAGCGGGGGCUUUGAUCUUCGCUGGGUACACUUUGCCCUCCGAGGGAGGGUACGAGUUGAUUCCGGAUCACUCGUGA